UAUUCUUAUUGGUCUGCGACAGCUGGAAAUUGUAGGCGUUCGUUUGGACGUCUUUAGUGUUUCCGGAUUUCUCGCACCCGCACCACGGACAUCGAGAUGAGCGCUUCCACGGAGCAGGAGACGGCUCCAAUAGCAAGUUCCCGGAAUGGACGGUCCGGCAGUGUUUUCCGUAGUUUUGGAUCCCUUUUCGGCGGUAGUCAAAACAGUGGAGAUCGACCACAUACGCCACAGGAGGGCGAUGGGUAUGUGGAAUUCGGAAUGCAGGAUCCGGAACGGAGUGGUCGUACUCUAGGGACCUUUGCCGGAGUUUUCAGUCCCGUUGCCCUUUCCAUGUUCAGUGCUUUGGUUUUCAUCCGAGUCGGCUACAUCGUUGGAAAUGCGGGCUUGUAUAUAACCCUGCUGCAGUUCCUAAUCGCCUAUGGAAUUCUACUUUUCACAGUGGCUUCAGUCUGCGCCAUUUCCACUAAUGGUGCAAUUGAAGGAGGAGGCGUUUAUUUCAUGAUCAGUCGAACCCUGGGAUUGGAAUUUGGUGGCUCUAUCGGAACUCUCUUCUUCUUUGCGAAUGUGGUCGGAUCUGCCAUGGCUAUAUCCGGUUGCACUGAAGGUAUAAUGGAUAACUUUGGACCACGUGGACAUUUUAUAAGCGGGGACUCCUAUUUACCGGAUGGGAAUUGGUGGCGCUUCCUUACCAGCAGCUUGAUAAAUACCCUGCAGCUGCUGGUUUGCCUGGUGGGUGCCGCUCUGUUUGCCAAGACGUCAGUGCUUAUUUUGGGCACCGUGACCGUUUGCCUAUUCGCCACGUACAUUAGUUUCCUGGUUGUGGGCGCCACCAAUAAUACGAUUCCCGUGCCUGGAGAAAAUACUUUAUCAAAUACAACAUCUUUUCUUGAUUAUACGGGUCUUAAUGCCACCACGCUUCGAGACAAUCUCGGUUCCCACUAUGGUCACGAUUACACAUCGAAUGGAAAGCAAGUGGACUUCUCCACUACCUUCGGUGUGCUGUUUUCGGGAGUUACCGGAAUUAUGGCAGGAGCUAAUAUGUCCGGGGAGUUAAAGAAUCCAUCAAAGAGCAUUCCCUGGGGCACACUUUCAGCCGUGGCGUUUACGUUCGUCUCCUAUAUCAUCUUAUCGUUCCUGAUGAGCUGCACAACUCCGUACUUCACAAUGCAGAAUAACUAUCUCUUUUUGAUGCCUGUGAACUUGUGGCCUCCAUUUACGGCAAUUGGAAUUUUAACCGCUACCUUUUCGACCAGUCUGAGCAACCUGAUUGGUUCCAGCAGGAUUUUGGAGGCCUUGUCCAAGGAUCAAGUUUUUGGAAGCCUUCUGAACUUUGUGAUUCAUGGAACUUGGAAAGGAAACCCCAUUGCGGCAGUUGCGGUGAGCUGGUGCCUAGUUGAAUGCAUUCUCCUAAUUGGAUCCUUCAACAUAAUUGCCCAGAUUAAUUCUGUGCUGUUCAUGCUCUCGUAUUUGGCCACCAAUCUGGCUUGCUUGGGCAUUGAAUUAACUGGAGCUCCCAACUUUAGACCACUCUUUAAGUACUUCACGUGGCACACAUGUCUGGUUGGAUUGCUGGGUACACUGAUCAUGAUGUUUGUGAUUAACCCCAUAUAUGCCUCGUCUUGCAUUAUUCUUUGCCUCAUCCUGGUGAUAGCUUUGCAUUUGUUUUCACCUGCAACCCAGGCAGCUCAAUGGGGUUCGAUUUCCCAGGCUUUAAUGUUCCACCAGGUGCGAAAGUACCUUUUGAUGUUGGAUCCUCGAAAAGAUCACGUUAAAUUCUGGCGUCCGCAAAUCCUGCUGCUGGUUUCGUCUCCGCGUUCCUGCUGUCCUUUGGUGGAUUUUGUCAAUGAUAUGAAGAAAAGUGGUCUGUAUAUUAUUGGACAUGUGAAGUUGGGUGACUUUAAGGGUGUUGAGGAUGCUGAGGAGAACCAGCAAUGGUGGUCCUUCCUAGAUCACAUGAAAGUCAAGGCCUUUACGGAGGUCACAUUGAGCCGAAGUAUUCGCGAGGGAGUCCAGCACUUGAUUCGCCUUUCGGGAAUUGGAGCCAUGAAGCCGAACACAAUUAUUUUGGGCUUCUAUGACAACGAGGCGCCCAGGGAUUUUUUCCAAAACGGUUCCUCCCCUUAUAAAACCGAUGACUUCAACAAUGGGGAAAUCCAAAACUUCCCCAUUCGUCGUGACGGCGAUCCAAAGCAAUUCCAAAUCCAGGAAUACGUGCAAAUUCUUUGCGACACUCUUAGGAUGAAGAAAAAUCUCUGCCUGUGCAGAAAUUUCCAAAGAUUGGACAAGAACUUUAUUUCUAUAAGCAAGCAUGUGAAGUACAUUGAUGUGUGGCCAAUCAACAUAUUCAAUCCGACAUCUGGAGAUCCUUUCGAUAUGGUGUCUUUGUUUAUGAUGCAAUUGGCGGUAAUAAUGCUGGCCAAAUGGAAACAUCUACGAGUGAGAAUUUUCUUGUGCGAGGCCGCCGAGGAGAGGACAGUGGGCACAUUUGACACACAAGCCCCCCAGAUGGAAGUCUUCUCGAAGAUGAAGCUGGAGCAGUCUCUCAAGGAGUUGCGUAUCACAGCUGAUAUUGUGGAAAUCCAGGAAUGGAGCCGAGACACAGAUUUCAGCCGACAUGCCAGAACCCUUAAGCAAUUUACCGCUCAAGCAAACAACGUUUUGGUGGAAGAGGAUGAGGAGGUGGGCGAGGAGACCUUGAACCGCUCGUUGCUCUAUAUGCAGAGGGCUAACCAAAUUAUACGCGAACGCUCGGAUCAGACAGCAUUAUCGUUUAUCUAUCUGGCUGCUCCGCCCAAGCUCUCUACUCCAGAUUUCGCACAACGCAGCGCAAGCUAUAUGGAAUUGCUAACCGAACUGACCGCCGAGUUGCCGCCCACAAUUCUCGUCCAUGGUGUCAGCACGGUGACCUCCACAACGCUGUAGACAUCGACUGGGCGAUAUUUUCAUUUCCAUGAGUGAUAAAAUCCAGAGUGCAUCCGGAUUUAACCAAUUACGAGGGGGUCUUUUGAUCGUUGUGCGCGUUUUUAAUGUGGUCGCAGCUUUAGGCAUAAUCGAGAAAUAUUAUCCAUUAGGGUGAGGCGAUUAAGUUGGAAAGUAUUUAGUAUGAGAUUAACAAUAAUUCAAUAAUAGCUUAUGCUGAACAGCGAAAAAGUGCUUUAAUAUUUGAUUUUAACGAUAUUUUAAAUAAUUGUGAUUUUGUAAACUUAAAGAUGGAUUUCCUAUUUCUAUAUGUGAUUUUUGUCACUAUAUAAUUUUUAUAAUUAAACAUCGCCUCACCCUAUAAAACAAGUAUAUCUCUAUUAUUUUUAUUUCAAGUUUUAGCUAAUUUAAUAUUUAUUCGCACAGAUCCGCAGAAAAAACUAAAAUCUAAAUCAAAACCUAUCAUCAUAUCAAAAACUGAUGCAUAUAUUUUAAACAAACCUUCGAGGACCAUCUAAUGAAUAUCAUUUUCGAAACUCAUCCCCAACCGAACUCACACCGAUAUUAACCUCCUUGUGAUUAAACAUAAUGUCUACUAGUACUUCACGAUUAAACAUACCACAAGGCAUAAAGUAUUAGAUAACCGCAAUAGAAUGUGGUUGUAAAAUUGAUGAUUUCAUAUUACACUUAGUUUGUAAGCCAUUUUUGGAAGGCCCUCACAGCUAAGACGGACAUUGAUCGAUUGUUUUAGACAAAUAUUUUUGUGUAUGUGUAACCCUAAUGGAACUGUGACUAACCGUAUAAUAUAAUUAUUGAUCACAGCAUUGAUUGUAAUCGGUUCUUUCCAAUAUUUUAAAUAAAGACUUAGCGAUAUGUAUUUAUGUAA